UCGCAGAGGUCGACGCGGGUGCUAGCCGGCAAGAUGGCGGCGGCUGGAGCGGGCCGUCUGCGGCGGGCGGCGUCCGCGCUGCUGCUCCGGAGCCCGCGCCUACCCGCCCGGGAGCUGUCGGCUCCAGCCAGGCUCUACCACAAGAAGGUUGUGGAUCAUUAUGAAAACCCUAGGAACGUGGGGUCCCUUGACAAGACAUCUAAAAAUGUUGGAACUGGAUUGGUGGGGGCUCCGGCAUGUGGUGACGUCAUGAAGUUGCAGAUCCAGGUGGAUGAGAAGGGGAAGAUUGUGGAUGCAAGAUUUAAAACAUUUGGGUGCGGCUCCGCCAUUGCCUCCAGCUCCUUAGCCACGGAGUGGGUAAAGGGGAAAACGGUGGAGGAAGCCCUGACCAUCAAAAACACAGACAUCGCCAAGGAGCUCUGCCUGCCGCCCGUGAAACUGCACUGCUCCAUGCUGGCAGAAGAUGCCAUCAAGGCCGCCUUGGCUGAUUACAAACUGAAACAAGAGUCCAAGAAGGGAGAGCCAGAGAAGCAGUGAGCCCUGGAGACACUCCAGCCGGUCACAGCAGCUGCUUCCUGCCACCCUGCACAUCAAAGAAGCUACGCAAAACGCACACGAUUCACCAUUUGCACUGUGGCUCUGAUGCAAGCAAAAUGUGCCGUUGAUUACGCCUGAUCCUGUGUUCCUUUCAGCUCACGUGUGUCCUUAGUGCAGUUAUAUCUCGAUUUAGUUUGUGGCCUGGGACUGAAAUCAGCACCGAAGUCUUAAGCUCUGGAGAGUGACAGGGAGUUGUACCUGACCUGAGGUAGAUUGCCAGCAGAGUGCCUUGUGCUGGCUGUCCGAGAGGAUCUAUUACUGAGUACUUAGCAAAUCUGCAUAUAUAUUAUAAUAAAAGAGUGUAAGACAAUG